AUGGUGCCCCGGCGGCUCGCUCACUCCGUUCGCUCCGCUCCUCCUCCUCGAGUGGGAGGCUCUCCGCAGGCCCAGCAGUGUCCACAGCCUCGGGGGCCGCGUCCGGGCGAGCGCGGGCCUAGCCGGGCCGCGGCCUCUGGCGCCCGCCGCUCCGCAUCCCCGCGGGCAGGGCCGGGGGCGGGCUGGGCGGCGCGGACCCGCGGCCGGCGCUGUCGGGCGGGCCUCGCGCCAGGCCCGGUGCUCGUGCGCGGCCGCGCUCGCGUCCUCCGGUGCCUGCUGCGCGCGCGCUGGGCCGGCCGCUGCUCCGUCCCGCCGCCGCCGGCCCGCCCCGUCCCCGCCCCGCGCGCCCCGCCCGGCCGCCCGCCCACAUCCGCCUCCGCCACCCGGCGCCCCCACCCGGGCCGGGAGGGCGAGGGCCGGGGUGGGGCGGGGGGCCGCGGACCCGGCGCGCGCCAGCCCGCUGGUCCCCGGCCACACCCUCCCCGGACUCAGUUUCCCUGUUUGUCCCCAGAGCCGCACGACUCCGCCCCGCUCUGGCGCGACCGGAACAAAUCCCGCCUCUGCCUCCCAGGGUUGGGGGCGGGGUGCCGCAGGCUGCAAAGUAGUUUGACACCAGAAUGCGACCCAAGUGGUAACCCCCGCUGGGGGCCAGGGAGGGAGCGGCCGUGGCUGUCCAGAGAGACCCAGUCUGAGGACCCUGGGCCGCCGUGCGGUGGCAGCGACGGUCGGCCGCAUUGCGAACCCGAUAGGGAGGGGGUGGAGGCCCCGGUCCUAGUGCUCAAGGAGGAAGAUACGGCCACGUGGCGGCUACAAAAGUGGAAGGGGACUCCUUCGCAGGGUGACAGAGAAGAGGGUCCAGGAACCCGUGGAGGGGCGCCUACUUGGCCUGGGAGGCUGCGCUGAGCGGGGAACAGAGGCCUGGAGCUAGAGCCGGGUCCGGGGCUGUGACAGCUGAGGCCACCUGGGACUCGCCCUCUGCUCAAGGGGCCCUGAGCACCCACUGGGGACAGCUGAGGGACCCGAGGCAGAGGGUCCCUAACCUCCUCCUCGCACGCCUCCGGAGCACUGCAGACGUGGCCCCACCCCUGACCCCGCCGGCCCUGUCCAACCCCGAAGCCUCCAGUUUCUCCUAUGGCUGCCCCUCCCCCCAGCCCCGGGGCCUCUGAGUUGAUAGUAACCCUUUUGUAAAAAGAAGA